AUGCCGUGCCGGAGGGAGGAGGAGGACGACGACGACGACGAGGCGGCGGCGGCUGGAGAGGAGGGGGAGGAGGACGGCGACGAGGGGGAGGGGGAGGAAGAAGAGAGCUUCCUCGUGCUACCGCGGUCCGUGACUGUAGGAGGCUCGGGGGACGUGGACCAGUUGGUGGCCCAGAUCGGAGAGGCUCUGCAGCUGGACGCGGGAGCACACGGGAGCCGGCCCGCCCCCCGAGGAACCCUGGCGGGCAAGGAGCCGCCCCCCCCUCCCCCGCCGCCUCCGCCACUGCGGCCCCCAGUUCUGCAGCUGCUGCUGCCACCGCUAUUGGGACCGGCUCCGGCGCCCCUGCAGUGCGCGGGGUCCUGGGCGAGCGACGUGGGCGCCGCCUCGCACCCAUCGCCGCAGCCGCUUCGGGUGCCGUCGGGUUCCUGCGCCCCUGGGAGGACCCCGGACCGGAGCAGCGCCCCUGCCCCGGACGCCUGCAAGCGGGGCUUCCCGCAGCCGCUACCGGGUCCGUGCCGGCGCGCCUGGCUUCGGGGCGCCGCCGCCUCCCGCCGCCUGCAGCAGCAGCAUCAACACCACCAGUACCGGUACCGAGGGCAACCGGGACUCCGGGCCGGAGAGGAUGACCCCCACCAGCUUCUGCAGCAGCUUGUGCUCUCGGGGAACCUCAUCAAAGAGGCCGUGCGGCGACUCCAUUCCCGACGACCCAGGCGGCACUUGCGGGCUCGGAUCCCGCUCCCCCCAGCGCCCGCCCCUCCUCCGCCUUUACCCGUAGCCGGGCCGGAGGCAAAUGCAGAAGGGACACUAUCUCCCUGCAGCCCUCGACGACCUGCCUGCUCCAACCCGGAGGGCCUCCGGAGGCGGCUAGCGCACAGAUUUGCAGACGGCAUCCUGGUCCCAAGCAGCUAGUGAGCCCAGCAGGUUCAGGGGCAAGAAGAGGCUGAGGAUCCGAAAGCCGAAGCUCCAGAGACUGACAGGAAUGAACUUGAGAGGGGAGCAGGGAGGCCGAGGCAAUGGGAAAAGAUGGGCUCUCUUUUUCCACGUUCCAGGGAAGAGGAGCGCUGAUGGUGACAGAACUCUAGAUUUGUGGAUAUGGGGGGCUUUGGAGGGGCGAGGGGAUUGCCUGGCAAAAAAAAAAGCCUCACGGGGCUGAAAAUCAGAACCCCUCAGUUUAAUUAGGAUGACUGUCCUAUUUAUAGACAGACCACUGACCCGUGAAUACCCUGUAUCUUGUCAUUCGUGGUGCUGACUUGCACUGAGCCAUCCCCAGCACUUCCCCUGGUUGCCAUGUGACCAGCAGCACACACCUUUUGCAGGAUUCAUUCACUGGCCACCUCUCUGGGUGCUUUUGGAGCAGAGUUGUUUUUCCCUCUGUGCAAUAUUAACUGGCCUUUUAAUAGGAGGUGCACCUUCCUUCUUGGCUCCCUUAGCACAUGUUCUAUCCUCCUGAGCUUACCAUUAGGGAUGAACUCAGAAUGGAGAAUUAUUCCAGUUACCUGCUUUGA